UUUGCAGUGGGUUUCUGUAGCUGCGUAUUCACUUUAUAGUAGCUGCAUGAAGUUUGAAGUGUUUGCCAACAGCGUGCGAAGAGGCUAGAUGAAUAUUUAAACGAGGGGGCGUGUACGGAGACCGGGUUUACCGUUUUACAUGUCUGCGUCUGCCAGUUAGCCGAUCACUUGGUGGUCGACACGUCGUGGGGACAGUACACAAAUGGUGGAGGCCGUGGUGGAGUUUGAGUACAAGGCCCAGCAGCAUGACGAGUUGACCCUCGUGGUCGGCGACAUCAUCAGUAACAUUCACAAGAAUGAGGGGGGAUGGUGGCAGGGCGAGCUGGCUGGGCGCAGGGGACUCUUCCCAGACAACUUCGUCAAGGAGAUCAAGAGGGUGGAAUGUCCGAUGACCGAAGCCAAGAAGCCAAACGAGGUGUCCAAAAACAACAGUGCUGCAGGGCAUGACAUUUGGAUGGUCCAGAAGGGUGAGAACGUCAGAAGGAGAUGGUGCAUGGCGACUUUUAGCUACACGCCUCAACACAAGGACGAGCUCGAGCUGAAGCCCGGGGAUGUUAUCGAGAUCACGGAGGAGGUGGAGGAGGGCUGGUGGGAGGGUCGUCUCAAUGGCAAGAUGGGGAUGUUUCCCUCAAACUUCACCAGAAAGUAUGCAGAGGAUGCCGAGGACCAGGAUGGCUGCCCCAGUGCCCCAGACAGUAGCAGUGGUACUGGUGUGAAGCUCAGCCCAGAAACCCAGAGUAAGGAGCCUGAGUGUGGUAGCCUUAGGUUGGUGAACAGCAGUGAGAUCCAACCUGAGCAGCUACGGGCUCCUGCAUUUGGGGACAUUCUCAGGGACAAGCACAGCUCCAUGAACCAAGAUGGUGGCAUGGAGAAAAAGGUCCGGGAAAUGACCAAUGCUGAGGCAGUAGGCAAAAUCAAAGCCCGUGAAUUCUGUAAAGCCAUGUUCUCUUAUGAGGCGCAAAAUGAAGAUGAGCUGUCAAUCAAAGAGGGAGACAUUGUGGCCAUCAUCAAUAAGGAGUGUGUUGACCCUGGUUGGUGGCAGGGGGAGCUGCAGGGCCGGCAAGGAAUUUUUCCAGACAACUUUGUCAGGCUGCUGGUGUUGGACGAGGAGACGGUGAAACCUAAGAAACCUCCACCCCAAGACCCAUCUGCUGCUCACUCCAAAGCAGGUGAAAACAAGCCAGAUGAUAAAAAGAUCUCACUUGACCGGCGAGAGUCACUUACCCAGAAAGGAGACGAUAAAGUUGACGAAUUGAAGCCUGGUGUUGACAUCCAAAAGUCCGGUCGCCCUGCUAUUCCCCCAAAGAAACCCCUUCUUCUCAAACCAACCAAAUUAUUAGGACAGCCUGCUAUUGAUUCUGUGAUGCCUCCACAGAAACCUGAAAAACCCUCGGUUGCCCGCAUCCAGUCAGCAGGUGGAAAUUCCAUGCCAAAACAGGGUGGCUUGGACCAGCACAUUGAGGUGGAAGACUUUGACUCUAUUGUCACGACCAGUGAGAAGUUGAACCACCUGACAGCCACUCGGCCAAGGGUGGCGGACCGCCGGCCACGCACACAGGGGUUACAGCAUUUCACUGCCUCCUGCCCAGACCUCUCAGACACACCGAAAGCAGAGGAGAAGGACGAGGAGCAAUGCUCUACAUCCAAGAAGGCCUUUGGCAUCCGGCUGCUUCUACCACCCAAACCUGCAAUGAUCCCUCCCUCUGGGGCAUUCAGUAGCCAUGGACCAGACACCAAGUCCAGGAGCGAAAGUGUCAGCGUGGAGGAGCUCCGGACCCAGCUCAGAGACCUGAGGGGAACCGUCGAGCUGAUGGGGAAGCAACACAAAAAAGAGAUUAAACAGCUGAUGAAUGAACUGGAUGAAGAGAAGAAGAUCCGUCUCUCACUGCAGAUGGAGGUGGCGCACAUUAAGAAGACCCUGUCCAAGUGAGAGACCAUCCGCCGCCAGCCUCUGUGGCCGUCCCUCCUCUCUCCUCCUUCUCAGUUGAUUUCAUGAGUUUAAAGUUGAUUUAAUGCGUAGGACAGCCUUGGUUUUGCGUGACGAAUGCCAAAUGGGCAUUACGUAACUCAGCCAGGGUGAAUGAGGCGAUGAGGCCGUGCUGGCAGCAUUCAGGCCAAGCUGUUGCAUCGUGGCACAAGCGCUUUCUGGGUGUUGCAGAUCCAGGGUGUCUUUCUUUCUUCACGGGGGUGUGUGUAUAUGUGUGUGUACUGCAGAAAAGACUAACUGUGUGAGUUUGGAAAGAUUUCAGGUUUGGAUUAAAGAAAAUCAGAUGCCAAAGGACUUGUCGUACUUAUUGGAAUUCGCUGUGAACAGUGAUAAUGAACUGCUUCAGAGUGGCGUGUGUUCCAGCUGGCGAGAUGAGGGGAUAAGACAGGGGUCAGGGGUCUUCUGGGGAAAAUAUUCACCUGUAUGGACAGCAGCAGCAUGAUUUGUCAAAAUGCACAAAAAAACACAAAGGUUCAAGAAGGAAGUGGGAAAAAAAAUAUAGAAGGAAAAGAGCCAUUAGUGAGAGGGAGGAGUGUAAGUGAUCAAUAACCACUGGAAGGGUGGAGCUUAACAGACUACACACGCUUAGAGGGGCAGGGCUUAACACAGUGUACACCAUUUAAGGGGUGGAGCUUAAGAGAGAGUGUGCACCAUUGGAGGGGCAGGGCUUAACAGAAUAUGCACCAUUUGAGGGGCGGGGCUUAACAGAGUAUGCACCAUCUGAGGGGCGGGCCUUAAGUAACAAACAUAAACAUGAAUUAUUUUUAUCAAGUGAUAUGUUUAAAAUACAGGCAGUCCUGACAACAGAAAGAGUGAAAGGUCAGAAAAAGGUGUAUUUCUUUGUGUUCUUGUUUCUGUCUGCUUUUCUGUGGUUGUAUUUUUAUUUGACAAUUCCUCUUUAAGAAUGUGAAAGGGUGUCUACGUGCUCACACACCCAGCUGCAAGCACUCAUGCACACCACACCCACACAUGCACUUCAAAGUGAUCUGUAAGUGCUGUGAUCUUGUCAGCUGUCUAAUCACGUCAGUUUCGUAUCAGACCCUGCCUUUACCUGCAAAUUGCGUCACUCCUGCUAAAACUGGUCAUGAAGGUGUUUGUUAUUUCAUAUAGAAAAACUACCCAUAAAUGACUGAUUAAUUAUUUAUCGACAGAUUAGAGUUUCUUUUGGCCAUCCUCAAUUUAAAUUUUCCAAGCAUUAUACUGUCUCUAAAGGCACCAAGUAUUUUCAUAAUGUAUCCUAAAUAAGACCGCUUCCGUCUGCUCAUUUGUGCUCAAAGUAAAAUGCUUGAAUUGAUCGAUAAUUGUGUGCAUGCAUUUCUAGAAAACAACUAUUGACCGA